AUGGAGCGCUACUGGGAUGCUGGCAAAGGUGCACUUUGUGUGGAGCUCACCUCGAAGCUGCAGGGCCCUGACGUCUUGGUCUGCUGCAGCAGGGCGGGCAACGUCUACGCGGAAGAAUGGGGCAAAAACUUCAGCAAUGAAGAAUUGAUAACGCAGCUGAUUCCAGCGCAACGUGCGUUGCUGCACCACUGUGGCAAGAGAUCGCUGAGGCCGAUUUGGUGCGCAGACUUUGGGAUGGAUUCAGAUGCUGCGCUGGCAGAACUUGCCAAAGACCAGCAUUUGCAGAAGGUCACCCACAGCGGUGAUGAGGCUUCCAAGCAGACGUGGUUUGGGGUCCAAAGCAGAGCUUCCGGGAAUGCUACACGGGGUCUGUUUUGA